AUGACAUCCUUUACAAAACAACCUUCAUCUCGUUAUUUUCGCUCCCAUAAAGACCUGCCGGCUCCCACAUCAAUUUUUUCACCUUUGCUUAGCACAAUUAUCUUCCUUACACCUCUACACUCCGUAUGCUCAUCACUCUUCCCUUUCCUGACGCCUACCACCAACACCGGCCAAAUUCUACCUUGUCCAAAUCCCACAUAUGCUUGCCAUCUCGCCAACCCACCAUCUUUCACUUUCACCAUCGCCCUUCUCUUCCCACAUCAAGCUAUCACUUCGUCUUAUCAGCUCCCAGGGCAUAAGCGAUUCCGCCACAGAGACGACUCCGCUCCACCACGCCCUGCAUGCACAUCAUCUCUUUUCAACCUUCUUGGCCACGCUAUCGCUGUUGGCUUUCCUUCUUCCUCUGUUUCUCUCUUUAGCCUGACUCAAGUUAAUUUAUCGAACUUGAGUCAGCUUAGUACGACUACCGAGUCGUAUGGUUGA